CCUCAGGCGGACGGAGCGUGCUCAGUUGGGGCGGCGGGGUCGUGCGGUCUGCGGGGCUUCGGCGGCGGAGAGGUCAUGGCGGUCUGGAUGGUGCUACUAACGCUGGGCUCCUUGCUCUGCGCCAUUGGAGGGGCCUCAGCGGCAGGGCCCAAAAUCUUAACCUCUCCUGAAGUAACUGCUGGAUCAAAUGUGGUUAUUUCAUGUAACAUAACUGAAGUGCCAACAGCUGUCAAAGGCCAUUACUGGAUGAAAGGGGAGACAAAGCUUGACUCCAAUGAGACUACUCUGGACUUUAUCUCAUACAUGAUCCCCAAAGUGGAUCAUCAAACCUCGGGAGAGUACCACUGCAUCUUUGAGACAGUGCCCAUCUCAAAAGGAACUGUGUACGUGAAAGUUCAACCCUACGUGGUGGCCUACAAGAAGACAGAGCACGGAAAUGAGGGGGAUGUAAUAGCACUGACUUGCAAAUGCAAUUCUUACCCUCCUGUAACCCAGUGGACUUGGUACAAGAUGGUAGACCAGGUGCCUCAGCCUCUUGUCAACGGCACUGAGGACCGGUUCUACAUUAAAUCCAAUGGCAGCAGGACAGAUCUUCGGAUCCUCUCCUUGAACCUUGAGAAGGACCCUGGAAAGUAUAUGUGCAACGGCAGCAAUGAAGUGGGUGAGGGGAGCGCUGUGGUGGACCUCCGGGUGCGGAGCCGCCUGGCUGCUUUGUGGCCAUUCCUGGGAAUUGUGGCAGAGGUGCUGGUCCUUGUCACGAUUAUCUUCAUCUACGAGAAGAGGAGAAAGCCCAAUGAGGUUCCCGAUGAUGACGAUGGAGGGUCUGCACCACUAAAAGGCAACACUGCAAAUAAUAAGGACAAGAAUGUGCGUCAGAGGAAUGCAAAUUGAGCACAUGGCAAGGUGACAUGAGAGCUAAGCAGAUGGCUUAGAUGUUUCUUCUGACUAUUUUGUGCUGUAACACCAAGAAUAUUCUAAAGCAUCCUUGCGAAGAUUGGUCAAAUUCACCUUUUAAGAUAAACUUUUGUAGAGUAAAAGUUCUUUCCUUUUUUUAAAAGGGAAAAAACAGUGAGAGAUGUUUUUACCUUUUAAGUUUUAAUCACACACAGAGUUUUUUGUCUAGUCCUCACUGUUGAAUCUUCAGAGCUGGGGGAAGGAAAUUUAAGGAGUGAGGAGAUUAUGUUGCAAGAAAAUGUUGCAGGCUAGUUUAAGAUCUAUCAUCCCUCACUCAAGAAUGUGCUUUUUUUUUUUUUUUUAGCAGCAGACCAUAGGGGAAGCUAGUAAAAUAGUCCCAUUUAAUGAUGCCGUAGUGUGAAACAAUCCAGAGUUUAAAGUGACUCUCAGCUUUAGGAAGGACAGUGCUUCAGCACUGAGUAAGUUUGGCCAGUAGAAGACUUUGCAUCUCCUUCUCUUCCUUACUUGGUCUUCCUAGACCAGAAAGUCCCAGAUCUCGCACACCAUCUUUUCCAAAUCAUAGAGAGAAGAUGCCAAGAAACAAGUGGUGCUGCUUGUGUGUGUGUGUGUGUGUGUGUGUGUGUGUGUGUUUUCUCUCUGGCUUCUUGAGCCUGGAAGACACAACCCGCUUUGCUUUCUUCUGUCACUGGUUCCCUAGACAGCAUUCCUCUCUCCAGCCUUUGGGGCUUUCUGGAGACACUUCCUGUGCUCUCACAUACAAUGAUGGUGCCAUAAUAGCUCAGAAAAGAAACACAAUGAGAGCAACUUCUUUUCUCCUGCCUCCCCAUUCCCACCCACACGCCACCUCAGUUACGUCAGAGCGUAAAGCCAGAACUGAGGCGAGAGGCGGAAGCUGAUACAUGUAGAAUUGACUUUCCAGCCUAUCUGAUGGUUUCUCCUUCCACUCUCUUGACAUGUUAGAAGACAAUUAAUUACAGAGGCCGAAAGACAGUGUAACACCCGUCUCUCCCCAACACCUGUUGGAGUCUGCCACGGAAGAGAAUGUCCUCACAGCUUGUUGGCCGCCCUUGUUUUGGUUACUGUUGGAAUAGGUUAUUGUUUUAAAUAUGCCAGCUUUCUCUCAAUAAAGCAGACUCACUUGUUUUGGCUUCUUUCCUUA